AGCUCUGGUGCAUUUCGGCCCCAAUCCGUUGCCACAACAACAGCGUUAAACGCUGCUACAUCAGUAUCGUCAAAACCUCUUUAUACCAAUCCGCAACCUCGAUCAGCGGCCGAGAUCUACGCUUCAUCAUCAGGGAUUCUUCCACCACCGUCUGCUUUGCUAUUAGGGGCGCAGUCAUCAACAACCACUGCAAAAAACGAUUCGACAACAGUCAACGAACGAUCAUCAUCAGCGUUCUCAUCAGAUCAACAAGAACGCCCGCAAUCGCAGCAGUUCAAUCAGUACCGUAAUCAAUACGCACCAUUAUACGUUACUUCAAAAACAGUAUCAUUAGCAUCACAAAAUGUUAGUUUAUCUCAUCAGCCGAUCGCUGUGAUGCAACCAUCAAAUCCAAAUAGCCAUAUCUUCUAUUUGCCACAACAGAGGACUCUCACUCAUAGGGAUUCGACGCCAUUCUUGGAAGGUUACGCUCGACCGGGCUUCUUUGCUACACCAGCCAUUCCAUCGACAUCCGCUAUGAUAGGUGGUGGAAUGACGCAAACGCCUCAGUAUGGACGACAGCCGUUGGCCAAUAUCGCAACAGGAAACAAUGCCGUUGGAGCGUUGAGCCGACCGACAUUAGGUCAGAAUUUGUUAGCGAGUGAUUCUCAGCGUCCGAAUACGUAUUCAACCUCGAAAAAUACGCCUGCAACUACGAGUUCAAGCGGAAUUCUGCAGCCGACUCGGUCUUCUCCUCCCGCACAUCGCACUUCAUCGAUGAGUGAUGAAAUACUGGGAUUAUUUGAUCCUCUGUCCACUGCCUCAUCAAGUAAUCAGCCGUCUGCGUCAUCGAGUUCUGAGAUCAAGACGAACAAUCUGACACAAGCAGAUGCCAUUGAGACGGUAGUGAAGAAUGCACUCUUCGCCGGGCGUGAGAAAUGUGUGGCAAUGUUAGCAAAAUGUAACAAUGACGUUGAGCAAGCGAUUCGUGAGCUAAAAACCGACGAAUUG